AUGAACGCCAACGAAAUAGUCGACGAAUUGUAUCGUGUGGGGUUUGAAGACGAAUUGUCUACUGACACUGACCUACAUUCGGUGAUUCUAGCGAAUUUGUUCCAGGUACCCGAGACAUUAUUAUGGAGUAAAAUCCAUACGCUUUUACCUAAUAAACCAAACAUGACCUUGCUAGAGUUUACCGUUGUUCGGUUUUUGGUUGAUAUGUGUAUGCGCCAUCACGCUGCCAGCGGUAACUCUCCCAAGGUGGAGAUAUGGGGCGAGUACCGAGCGUCGCUCUACAGUUCGCUGGAGUUAAUCCAGCUGGGGCUAUACGCGUAUCUGGGGAUGAAGUUGUUGAGCAACCACAACCACCACUAUCUAUUAGAUCACGAACCGAUUGAUGACGGCCUGGAGCUAUCAAUUGCUAAGAUUUACACAUUUUCCAUGAGCCUGUACAACUACUUGUUGAAGGCAGUGAGUCAAUCGAUGGGCCGGGUACUUGCUAAUAUGUGUACCCAAACCGAGGCAUUAGUUCUCGACACAUCGCUAGGGCUAGUGAUGUUAAUCUUGGGCAGUCUACCACCAGGCACGUGCCCUUUAAUUGACUUCACACAAAACGGAAACGAUUUCAUCGCCUACACGAGGGGGUACCUUCGAACUUACACAGCAAUACUUCACCAUGUGCGAAAUCUGCCGUUUGAGUGGCCUUGUCCUCCGACUAACUGUCCAGCGCUACCGUUCUUCGUUGAAAUAUUGCAGUUUAUUGAUACCCAUUCUAGUCAAUUAGGAGCUGCCGAUGAAGCUCUUAUGAUUAAAGAUGCAUUCGCUAUACUUGCCCGCAACGUUUAUACCGCUUCCGUGUCAUUAAACCCUGACUACUACUACUACAUUUUCUGCUUGAUGAACGAUGGCUUUUGGGAUCUAGUGUAUGCCCAACAGCCACUCGCCCUCAGUUGGCUAAACGUGUUGGCUGCCUAUGCUCAACUAUUCAAGUUUUAUUACAUUCGCGAUCAGAACAUCUGGGUUGAUUACAUGGACUGGUAUCGUGCGUGGCAUGGUCAUAGCUUUGCUUGGGAUGAGCCGCUAUAUCAGGUGAUCGUAGAGCAAGGGUUUGUCGUCGAUGACUAUGCCCUUUUGCGCUCAUUCAACCCUCUUGGGAGUACCACAAUUCCUCAACUCUUGCAAUGA